AUGGCUUUGUUUGAGCACCUAUUGUCCGUCUGGGCCAUCCCAGCGGCAUUGUCUCUCGUCGUCGCUUCCUACUUAUUCUCAUAUUUUGUCACGUACGGCCACCUCCGAGACAUUCCGGCUCCUUUCGGAGCACAGUUCUCGAACCUUUGGCUGCUUGCCGCGGCGCGCAGGGGCGUGCGGUACAGAACCGUUGACGACGCUCAUCGAAAGUACGGCAAGGUCAUUCGGAUCCAGCCCAAUCAUGUCAGCAUCCAGGACGAUGAGACGGCCAUUACCGCCAUCUACGGCCACGGGAAUGGCUUCCUGAAAUCUGACUUCUACGCGCCGUUCCUGUCAAUUCGCCCCGGCCUGUUCACGACGAGGUCGCGCGUCGAACACGCACGCAAGCGCAAGCUAGUCUCGCACACCUUCUCUGCCAAGUCCGUCCUCCAGUUUGAACCCUAUGUGCAGGAGAGCCUGCGGCUCUUUGUCAGGCAGCUCGACCGGCUUAUCGAAGAGAGCGCAUCACGGAACGCUGUCGGCACAAACGAGGCGCACAUCGACAGCCUCCCAUGGUUCAACUUCCUCGCUUUCGACAUCAUCGGAGAUUUGGCCUUUGGCAAGCCGCUAGGCAUGCUGCGGACAGGUGUUGACCUGACCGAAGUCAAGCUGUCUCCGGACGCACCAUCCGUGUACCUGCCCGCCGUGGACAUCCUCAACCGACGCGGGGAAGUCAAUGCCACAUUGGGAUGCUUGCCGCAGCUGAAGCCAUACGCCAAGUAUCUCCCGGAUCCCUUCUUCAGCAAGGGCGUCAACGCAGUCCAGAACCUCGCCGGUAUCGCGAUCGCGAGAGUCAAGGACAGGGUGGACAACCCGCCGUGCGAGGAACGCACUGAUUUGCUCGCGCGAUUGAUGCAGGGGCGAGACGACAAAGGCGAGCCGCUGGGCAGAGAGGAGCUCACCGCCGAGGCACUUACGCAGCUCAUCGCGGGCAGCGACACGACUUCCAACUCGUCGUGCGCGCUCAUGAACUAUCUCGGCAGAAACCCACGCGUGAUGAAGAAGCUGCAGGAGGAACUGGAUGCCGCAAUCCCGGAAGGCGUUGAUGUGCCCACCUACGACAUGGUCCGGGACCUCAAGUACCUCGGCUUCGUCAUCCAGGAGACGCUCCGCCACCACUCAACCUCUGGUAUCGGACUGCCGCGGCAGGUCCCAGCCGACUCACCGGGCGUGACCAUACUGGGCCACUACUUUCCUCCUGGCACGGUCCUAAGUGUGCCUACCUACACGAUCCACCACUCCACCGAGAUAUGGGGACCCGACGCAGAAGAAUUCCGGCCGGAGCGGUGGGAGGCUCCGACGCCGCGUCAAAAGAACGCCUUCAUCCCCUUCAGCCACGGGCCGCGGGCGUGCGUCGGGAGAAACGUCGCCGAGAUGGAAAUGAAGCUGAUUGCGGCCACAUGGGCUCGAAGGUACUCCAUAUCACUGAGGCAGGGGGAGAUGCAGACGAGGGAAGGCUUCCUGAGGAAGCCGCUUGGUCUCGAGGUUGGACUGUCGCGCCGGUGA